UGUCCGGGCGGAAGUGCCGUGCGGCUCCGCGGGUGAGGGUUGCAGUGAGGUGAGGGGAGGAAGGGCCGUCACCAUGAUCCCGACCGAGGACGCGUCUGCCCGCAAACGGGACAUCGAGGAGAAGCUGCGGCAGGAACAAGAAACUUUGUCAUUUAUAAGAGAAAGCUUGGAAAAAAGUGACCAACUGACAAAAAACAUGGUUUCCAUCCUUUCAUCGUUUGAAAGUCGACUGAUGCAACUGGAGAAUUCCAUCAUUCCGGUCCACAAGCAGACGGAAAAUCUGCAGCGUCUACAGGAUAACGUGGACAAGACACUGUCUUGCUUGGACCAUGUCAUUAGCUAUUAUCAUGUAGCCAAGGAUACAGAAAAGAUCAUCAAAGAAGGUCCUGCUGGAAGGCUGGAGGAAUACCUGAACUGUAUGGCAAAGAUUCAGAAAGCCGUGGAGUACUUCCAGGACAACAAUCCAGACAGCCCCGAGCUGAAUCGGGUGAAAUUUCUCUUUGAAAAAGGCAAGGAGUCUUUAGAAUCAGAGUUCAGAAACCUCCUAACUCGCAACAGCAAACCGGUGCCACCCGUUGUCAUCCUGGACCUGAUCGCUGCUGAUGAAGAAAUUGAGACAACAGAUGAAGUGCUUCUGGAGCACCUCCCUGAGAAUAUUCUGCAGGAUUUGAUCUGUAUUUCAGGGUGGUUGGUGGAUUAUGGGAGAAACCUUGAUUUUAUGAAUGUCUAUUACCAAAUCCGUUCCAACCAGCUGGAUCGCUCAAUCAAAGGCCUGAAAGAGCAUUUCCGCAAGAACAGCUCAUCCUCUGGCAUACUGUACUCUCCUGCCAUGCAGAACAAAAGGAAAGAUACCCCCAGUAAAAAGGCCAUCAAGAGACCAGUCUUCAUCCCAGGCACAAUUCGUAAGGCUCAGAACCUUCUGAAACAAUAUUCUCAGCAUGGGCUGGAUGGCAAAAAGGGUGUUUCUAAUCUCACUCCCAUUGAAGGUCAUGAUCACGAGUUGCGAGUUAAACAUCUCUCAGAGCCGCUGAAUGAGAAGCAUGGCCCUCCCAUGGGGAAGGAGGAUAUAAUGGACAGUGAGAUUGAUUCUUACAUUCACUGUAUCAGUGCCUUUGUAAAGCUGGCACAGAGCGAGUACCAGUUACUGACGGAGAUCAUUCCUGAGCAUCACCAGAAGAGAACCUUUGACUCCCUGAUCCAGGAAGCUCUGGACUCUCUGAUGGUAGAAGGAGAGAAUAUAGUGUCCACAGCGCGCCGGGCUAUCAUGCGACAUGAUUACUCUGCUGUCUUAAACAUAUUCCCCAUCCUUAAGCACCUCAAGCUGAUGAAACAGGAAUUUGAUCAAGUUCUGCAGGGCACAGCCGCCAGCACAAAGAAUAAAUUGCCAGUACUUAUCACCUCUAUGGAGACCACGGGUGCUAAGGCACUGGAGGAGUUUGCAGAUAGCAUUAAGAAUGAUCCAGACAAGGAGUACAACAUGCCCAAAGAUGGGACUGUCCAUGAGCUGACCAGUAAUGCUAUAUUGUUCCUUCAGCAACUGUUGUACUUCCAGGAGACCGCCAGUGCAAUGCUAGCAUCUCAGGUUCUGGGGGACACUUACCAUAUCCCUUUAGACCCCAGAGAGAUUGGAACCUCGUCCAGCUCCUACAAUUCUGAAUUCAACAGGCGGCUCCUCAGCAACUACAUCUGCAAAAUACUCGGCAACUUGCAGCUGAACUUGCACAGCAAGGCCAAGGUUUACGAGGACACUGCGCUGGGCGCUGUCUUCCUUCUCAAUAACUUCAACUACAUCCUCAAAUCUCUGGAGAAGUCCGAAUUAAUCCAACUUGUAGCGGUAUCUCAGAAGCACCCUGACAAGGCAUACAAGAGUCACAUUGAAGAGCAACUCCAGACCUACCAGCGCAGCUGGUUGAAGGUCACAACACCCCUCACUGAGGGUAACCUACCUGCCUUCCAGCCCGGAACUAAAUUAAAAGAUAAGGAAAGGCAAGCAAUUAAAGACCGAUUUAAGGCAUUUAAUGAUGGACUGGAAGAACUCUGCAAAAUCCAGAAAUCCUGGGCGAUCCCUGAUAAGGAACAGAGGGAUAAGAUCAGGCGUGCACAGAAGGAGAAUGUAACCGUGGCCUAUCGAGUCUUCUGGCAGAGGUAUUCAAAUGUUCCCUUCACCAAGAAUGUUGAAAAAUACAUAAAAUACAGAGUGGAGCAGGUUGAAGAAAUGAUUGAGAAACUCUUUGAUACUUCAGCAUGAAGAUCGAGUAUUACUGUGCCAGACACAAUUGCCAAUCAUUUAUUGAAAUACUUGUUCCUAAUUUAUGUAAAUAAACUAUUAUAUUCCUUGAAUGAAA